AUGGGAGUGAUGAUCUCAAUAUUAUUCACAUUCUUGCUGAUAAUGCAUUUAUCAUCAGGAAUACAUAUCUUGGAACUCCUUGCAGAUUAUGGGCUCAAAAAUACUUAUGGAAUUGAAACCAGAUUAUUACCAAGAUUUGCUGAAUAUGACUUCAUUAUCAUUGGUUCCGGCCCUGGUGGUUCUCCAGUGGCCAAUCGUCUAUCAGAAAACAAAAACUGGAAAGUCUUGCUUCUGGAGGCUGGCAAACCGGAGGGAAUCUUGCAUCAGGUGCCAAUGCUUGCGAAUCAUUUCUUAAACUCUGAAUAUGACUGGCAAUACAGAACGGAGCCUCAGAAAAAAGCCUGCUUAGGGAGAAUAGAUCAAAGAUGUGGCUAUCCAAAAGGGAAGGCGUUAGGCGGGUCGAGCUCCAUAAAUGGAAUGGGUUAUUCCAGGGGAAAUAAGCUAGAUUUCGACCGUUGGGCUAAGCAGGGAAAUUAUGGCUGGUCAUACAAGGAAGUGCUACCGUAUUUUCGGAAAAGUGAGCGUGCACAACUACGAGAACCAGUCGAUGAAUCAUAUCAUGGAAAAAAUGGAUAUGUACAUGUACAAAAUGCUCCAUGCCACAGCGCUCUUGCAGCAGCUUUUCUGGAGUCUGGAAAAGAGAUGGGAUUCGAUGUUAUUGACUACAAUGGUCGGCAACAGAUUGGUUUUUCGUAUCAUCACUUGACAAUGUUGAAUGGUACGCGGUGUAGUGCUUCAAAAGCAUAUCUACGGGUCAAACGUGAAAACUUAGAUAUUGUAACAGAAGCAAGGGUGUCAAGGAUUUUGAUUGACAUUGAUCAUCGUGUCUACGGGGUGGAAUUUGUGAAAAGUAAUAAAUCAUAUAGGAUAAAUGUCAGCAAAGAGGUGAUUUUAUCAGCUGGCACGAUCGACACGCCGAAACUUUUGAUGCUAUCUGGAAUUGGACCCAAAGAGCAUCUUGACGAAUUAGGAAUUAAAGUGAUAAAGAAUGCUAAAGUUGGAUACAAUUUUCAGGAUCAUGUGGGUUUUGUCGGCUUAACAUUCUUGGUGAACCAGAGUGUCAGUCUAAUUCCGAAAAACAUGCAGAGACCGGAAAUUGUACUCCAGUAUGCCAUUAAAGGAACUGGACCAUAUUCAAUAAGUUCUGCCAGCGAAGCACUUGCAUUUUCUUACACGAAGUAUGCAACGGAUGAUCGACCAGAUCUUGAAUUACUUUUCCGCGCAGCUGCAACGGAGCCCAGCAUGGAAAAAGAUACCUACACAAUCAUUCCAGCUGCCCAAAUGACUCGUAGUAAAGGACGAUUGAAAUUGAGAUCAAACAAUUUUGAAGAUCAUCCCGUAAUUGAUGCUAAUCUCUUGGAUGACGGAAAUGAUGUGGAAAUUCUCGUCGAAGGUAUUAAACUCGCAAUAGAGGUAUCCAAAUCCGAAGCUUUCCAACGAUAUGGCAGUCAACUAUAUGAUAUAAAUAUUUCUGCAUGUGAGGAAUUUAAAUUUGCUUUUGACGACUACUGGCGAUGCGCAAUUCGGCAUAUGGCAAUCCCCUUCAGUCAUGAAAUGGGUACUGCUAAAAUGGGACCAUCCACGGACUCUGAUGCCGUUGUUGAUCCUGAGUUGAGAGUAUAUGGAGUUAAAGGACUAAGGAUUAUUGAUGCAUCCAUUAUGCCAGAUAUACCAGUGGGUCAUUUGGCAGCAACAAUUUACAUGAUUGCUGAAAAAGGCGCUGAUAUGAUUAAACAAUCAUGGUAGAUUCUUCACUCAUAUAAUCAAUUUUCCCUUCGCACAUUAGCUAUUAUUAUUAGAUUGACUCCUAUGAGUGAUAAUGAAUUGUUUUUCAAUCCAACGAUGAACUAUUACCUUCGGAAAAGGCGGAGAUUAUCCUAAUGUGAAGUAAGAGGGAGUGGCACAUAUCAACGCGAAGUACAGGGGAGGGGGCGAGUAAUUUAAUUAUGAGUUUGAACACUACUGUCGGUGUCAAAAGUAGAGACCACUCGAAAUAAACGUC